CGGGCCCGCGCUGCGCGGUUGGACGGCUCCGGUCGGUGGCGGCGCCGUUCCGAGCGGGGGCGACAGCGGCGAACAUGGCCGGCGCUCCGGGAGCAGCGGCGAUGACGGCGGCGCCCGAGCUGGCGGCCGACAACGCCACCUCCGGCAGCCCGCUGCACGGCCUGCCGACGGCUCUGUUCCGCGAGAAGUGCCCGAUGGUGUGGAACAGCUCGGCCGGCUGCGACCUGGCCGCGCUCGGACAGUACGUCGCCGGAGACGAGGCCACGGUGCUGGCCGAGGUGCGCCGGCUCGCCGAGCGGAUACACAACAGCCACGUGGACGACGCGUUCCUGGAGCGGAUCAGCAUGAACCGUAGUGUCAGCGACGGCGCCUACUACGCGCUGAUUGUGCUGUACGCCCACCUCAUCUGCUUCGGCGCCAUCGGCAACGGCCUGGUGGUGACGGCCGUGCUGCGCAAGGCGGCCAUGAAGACGGCGCGCAACAUGUUUAUCCUGAACCUGGCCGUCUCCGACCUGAUCCUCUGCCUGAUCACGAUGCCGCUGACGCUGAUGGAGAUCCUGUCGCGGUACUGGCCGCUGGGCGGCGACACGGCAUUCCUCUGCAAGCUGUUCGGCGGCCUGGAGGGCGUCUCGGUGUUCGUCUCGUCCCUCUCGAUCACGGCCAUCGCGCUCGACCGCUACCAGGUGAUCGUCUACCCGACGCGCAAGAGCCUGCAGCUGGCCGAGGUGUGCAUCAUCCUGGCCGGCGUGUGGACGCUGGCCGUGCUGCUCGCCUCGCCGCUGUUCGUGGUGCGGCGUCUGGAGCACCACCCGCUCAACCAGUCGCUGCCCGGACUGCCGGACGCCAUCGACUACUGCAUCGAGGACUGGUCGCUGGAGCGCGGCCGCGCCUACUACUCGCUCUUCAGCAUCCUCUGCCAGUACGUGGUGCCCAUCAUCACCGUCAGCAUCGCCUACGCCGGCAUCACGCGCAAGCUGCGCUUCCGCAUGUCCUCGAUGGCCAGCCGGACGGCGAGCGUGCGCGACGGCCGGGAGCAGCGCACUCGUCGCACCAACACCCUGCUGAUCGCCAUCUCGCUCAUCUACGCCGUCUCGUGGAUUCCGCUGAACGUCUGCAACCUGGUGUACGACCUGCUGGCGGUGCGCGACAGCAGCGCCGUGGAGAGCACGCGCGUGGUGUACGCCGUCUGCCACAUGGUCGGCAUGUCGUCCGCCUGCUCCAACCCCAUCCUCUACGGCUGGCUCAACGACAACUUCCGGAAGGAGUUUGUGGAGCUGCUGCAGCGGGUCUGCCCGUGCGCGUGGCGGCGCGGCGGCGGCACCGAGACGACGGCCGCCGAACGGUCUCAGGGACUGCUGCUGGUGGCCAGCCAGGCCACUGGCAGGAGCCAGGGCGGCUACGACACGCAGGAGACGCAGAUCACCCGCGACAGUCGCGGCGACAUACCGCUGCACCACUUGUGAGGACGCUCGCGACCUCUGCACAUUAC